GCUGGGAGGACCAGCCAUUUUACUUAUGGAAAACAGUGUGGCAUAUUCCGCUGAGCUUUACCCUGGAAGAAGCAUUUUUUAAAAAAAUCUAUUGAGGGAAGAGAGAAGUAGUGGGCAUGUUAGUAUACAAUUAGUACAGCCAAGCAUGCCUGCCAGCUGCCAUUUGGACGAGCUGUCGACUGCCUUUCCUAGUAGCUGAUUUGAGAACGUGGAAUGCAGAGAGAUAAUGCUGCAUAUCUGCUAUCAGACAGCAGAAAAGGUUUUUGUCUUGGGAAGGCUCGCCUUCCCUGCAAUGUUAUCUCAGCAGCUCUCUAGCUGCUUACCCUGAGAACUAGUGACCCCAAAGGAGGUGUUUUCUUCUGCAAACACAGGUCCUGUGCGUGGCUGUAGCAUAUGAGUGGCAAGUCUGAAAAAGCAGGUGUGUGCUCGGAUGGGCACUGGACUGUAACGCAGGCGGACGCUCUCGGGUUUACCUGCUUCCUGUUAACAGAUUGUUGGCUCAGAGAGCAUCUGUCUGCAUGCUGAAGCUGAGGCUGAGAAGGAGGUCCCUGUGUAGCCACUUGACUGACAGAGACACUUGGGUUGGACUUAAUCUUAAACCUCUGGAGUUCAAGACCGUUUAAAAAGGGCUAAAUAAACAAUCUCCACGUGUAAAAGGCCAAUGACUCCUACCUCUCUUCAGAGCAACUGUUGAACCCGGCUGCCUGUAGAGCCAGAAUAGGACAGACUCAUAUACCAUUCUGAUCUGGGUGCAUUUCUUCAGAAGGAAAACUGAAGACUUUAAUAACAAACCCUCCAAGGUCAAAAUGAACACAGAUAGCGGUGGGUGUGCUCGCAAACGUGCUGCCAUGUCUGUUACAUUAACAUCUGUGAAGAGAGUUCAAAGUUCUCCAAACCUAUUGGCUGCAGGGCGUGAUUCUCAGUCACCGGACUCAGCUUGGAGAUGUUACAAUGAUCGAAAUCAAGAGACACUGAAUGGAGAUGCUACAUAUUCCUCUCUUGCAGCAAAAGGUUUUAGAAGCGUUCGACCAAAUCUACAAGAAAAAAAAUCACCAGUUCAGAGCCAGAUAACGCUGAAUGGAAACUCUGGAGGCACUGUGAGUCCGCUGAGUUACUAUCAAAGGCCAUUUUCCCCUUCUGCCUACUCGCUACCAGGCUCACUCAAUUCAAGCAUUAUCAUGCAGCAUGGCCGGUCACUUGAUUCCUCAGAGACAUACCCCCAGCAUGCACAGUCUCUGGACGGCAGCAUGGGCAGCUCAAUACCACUGUACAGAUCCUCAGAGGAGGAGAAGAGAGUGACAGUCAUCAAAGCGCCGCACUACCCGGGGAUCGGGCCGGUGGAUGAAUCCGGAAUCCCCACGGCAAUUAGAACGACAGUUGACAGGCCAAAGGACUGGUACAAGACCAUGUUUAAGCAAAUCCACAUGGUGCACAAGCCGGAUGAUGACACAGACAUGUAUAAUACUCCUUAUACAUAUAAUGCAGGCCUGUACAACUCACCCUACCGUGCUCAGUCACAUCCUGCUGCCAAGACCCAGACCUACAGACCCCUCUCCAAAAGCCACUCCGACAACGGCACUGACGCCUUUAAGGAUGCUUCCUCUCCUGUCCCUCCCCCGCACAUUCCUCCUCCAGUCCCACCACUUCGACCAAGAGAUCGGUCUUCAACAGAAAAGCAUGACUGGGACCCUCCAGACAGAAAAGUGGACACAAGGAGAUUUCGUUCUGAGCCAAGGAGUAUUUUUGAAUAUGAACCUGGGAAGUCAUCCAUUCUGCAGCAUGAAAGACCACCCCCUCUCCCAACCACUCCGACACCUGUUCCAAGGGACCCUGGCCGGAAGCCUAUUUCUCUGUCACCAUAUGGAGAAGUAACUGGUAGCCCCUCCCCUCCGCCCAGGACCAGCAUUCCCACACCAAGCGCGUGCACCCCGGCUCUCUCUCCCAUCUGGACUGAUCGCAUAAAUCCAGAUGACAUAGAUUUAGAAAAUGAGCCCUGGUAUAAAUUCUUUUCAGAACUGGAGUUUGGACGCCCGCCUCCUAAAAAGGCUCUGGACUAUGUUCAAGAUCAUUCUUCUGGUGUUUCCAAUGAGGCCUCCUUGUAUCAAUCCUCUAUAGACAGGAGCCUGGAAAGACCCACUAGUUCUGCAAGCAUGGCCAGUGACUUCAGGAAAAGGAGGAAGAGCGAGCCUGCGGUGGGGCAGCCGAGGGGCUUGGGGGAUCCAACUGCAAGCAGAACUAGCCCAGGUCGAGCAGACCUCCCAGGAUCAAGCUCCACCCUGACAAAGUCCUUCAUUAGUUCUUCUCCUUCUUCCCCAUCAAGAGCAAAAGGUGGGGACGAUAGCAAAAUAUGUCCAUCCCUUUGCAGUUACUCAGGGCUCAACGGCAACCCCUCCCAUGAGUUAGAUUACUGUAACACUUACAGACAGCAUUUGGACAUCCCACAUGACUCGCAGAGGGCCAUUACUUUCAAAAAUGGCUGGCAAAUGGCCCGGCAAAACGCAGAGAUCUGGAGCAGCACUGAAGAAACGGUUUCCCCCAAAAUCAAAUCCCGUAGCUGUGAUGACCUUUUAAACGAUGACUGCGAUAGUUUUCCUGAUCCGAAAGCCAAGUCAGAAAGUAUGGGUUCUCUGUUAUGUGAAGAGGACUCCAAGGAGAGCUGCCCCGUAACAUGGGCUUCCCCCUACAUCCAAGAGGGCCGCAGUAAUAGCAGAUCAAGGCUCCGACACAGGUCAGCCCACGAUGCCCCAGGGUUCCUAAAACUGUACAAGAAAAUGCACCGCAUCAACCGCAAGGAUUUAAUGAAUUCAGAGGUGAUUUGCUCUGUAAAGUCAAGAAUAAUGCAGUACGAAAAGGAGCAGCAACACAGGGCUCUGCUCCAUGGAUGCAGCCAGUCCUCCACGGAGGAGGUGCCCAGGGACAUGGUCCCCACCCGCAUUUCUGAAUUUGAAAAGUUGAUUCAGAAGUCAAAAUCCAUGCCAAAUUUAGGAGAUGAAAUGUUAUCUCCUGUAACCCUAGAACCACAACAAAAUGGUUUAUGUCCCCAAAGGCGAUUUUCCAUUGAGUCUUUGUUGGAGGAAGAAAAUCAAAGUAGACACCCUUCUCAGGUACAACGAAGCUACAAGUCUAAAACCCUGGUGCCCAUCCACAUUGAGGUCACCAGUGAUGUGCAGCCCAGAACCCAUCUGGACUUUUCUGAUAGUGACCAGGAUGGAGUCGUGUCUGACCACAGUGAUUACCUUCAUGUAGAAGGAUCGUCCUUUUGCAGUGAGAGUGACUUUGAUCACUUUUCUUUCACAUCCUCUGAAAGUUUUUAUGGAUCCAGCCACCAUCACCACCACCAUCACCACCACCAUCACCGGCACCUCAUCAGCUCCUGCAAAGGCAGAUGCCCUGCCUCCUAUACUCGAUUUACAACAAUGUUAAAACAUGAAAGAGCUAAACAUGAAAAUACUGAAGAGCCCAGAAGACAAGAAAUGGACCCUGGCCUUUCUAAACUGGCAUUUCUAGUCAGUCCCGUGCCUUUUCGGAGGAAAAAAAAUUCAACUCCCAAAAAACAGAUGGAAAAGGCAAAAUGUAAAACAUCUGUAUUUGAGGCUCUGGACUCUGCCCUUAAAGACAUUUGUGACCAAAUUAAGGCUGAAAAGAGAAGGGGAAGUUUGCCAGACAACAGUAUACUGCACCGUCUUAUCAGUGAACUGCUGCCAGAUAUUCCAGAAAGGAAUUCAUCACUCAAAGCUCUAAAAAGGAGCCCCAUGCACCAGCCUUUCCACCCACCAUCUCAAGAAGGUGCUAUUCAUUGUCCAUUGUACCAGAACGAUUGUGGGAGAAUGCCUCACAGUGCCUCCUUCCAAGACGACACCAACAACAACUACCACCACCAAGACCACGACAGUGCACUGGGCCUCCAAGACCGUGAGUCCCCUAGAAGUUACACAUCCACGCUGACCGAUUUGGGGAGAAGUGUACCAAGGGAAAGAAGAGGAACUCCAGAAAAAGAGAAAUUGCCUGCAAAAGCUGUUUACGAUUUUAAGGCUCAGACAUCCAAGGAGCUGUCAUUUAAGAAAGGAGAUACUGUCUACAUCCUCAGGAGAAUUGAUCAAAACUGGUAUGAGGGAGAGCACCACGGGAGAGUGGGCAUUUUCCCAAUCUCAUACGUGGAGAAACUCACACCUCCUGAAAAAGCACAGCCUGCCAGACCGCCUCCCCCUGCCCAGCCUGGAGAAAUCGGAGAAGCUGUAGCCAAAUACAAUUUCAGCGCUGACACAAAUGUGGAGCUAUCGCUGAGAAAGGGAGAGAGAAUUAUUCUUCUUAAAAGAGUUGAUCAAAACUGGUAUGAAGGUAAAAUUCCAGGAACCAACAGACAAGGCAUCUUCCCUGUUUCCUAUGUAGAAGUCAUCAAGAAGAAUACAACCAAAGGUGCUGAGGAUUACCCUGACCCUCCAAUACCCCACAGCUAUUCUAGUGAUAGAAUCCACAGCUUAAGUUCAAAUAAGAUACUGGUCUUGAUGCUUAGUUUAAAAAGAAAGGAAACUCUUUUGAGAGUUCAGUGCACUGGGAAUUUCUACCAAUAUUUCUCUUCUAAGCCACAGCGUCCUGUGUUUACUCAUGAAAACAUUCAAGGUGGGGGGGAACCGUUUCAGGCUCUGUAUAACUAUACUCCUAGGAAUGAAGACGAGCUGGAGCUCAGAGAAAGUGAUGUCAUUGACGUGAUGGAAAAAUGUGAUGAUGGAUGGUUUGUGGGAACCUCAAGAAGAACCAAAUUCUUUGGUACUUUUCCCGGGAACUAUGUCAAGAGGCUGUGAAUCACUCUCCCCAUUAUUUAUGCUGCAUUUCAGCACCACAUCUGCAUAACCUUGCCUGAAAGAUCUCCACAGGCCUCCUGCUGUUAUGCCUUCUGGUUUCCAAUAGAAGUCACCCACCAUCACCAUCUCCAUCUGCCACCAAACCACCAGCAAUGGAACUGCCGCUGCGGUGGGGAGAUUGGAGGAUUUGCUUCGAUGUGAAAGUGCAUAUUCCUGCCGUCUGCUCUAAACUUUGAAAAGUCAAUAUGCGGCAGCAGAAAGAAAAUCAUUAUACUUAAUAACAGUUGAGUAGUUGAGGCAAAAAAGUAAGUGUCUCAAGGAGGCUCUCUUGUCCACUCUGAAAGAUGUUCUCCCCUCAGGCAACCAGAAGCUUGUUUAUUACUACUUGCUGGGGUUUGCAUUUUCACCUUCUUAGCUUGGCAGUAUAUUUUCCUUUCACGAGUUUGCCUAGUGUCCUGGUUUACACGAUAUGACAACUGUACUUCAGCUAUUGUUUGCCUGCACUUACAUGUUGUAAUAUGCACAGUGAUUACAGAAUCUAAAGCGAGAGUAGGAAAGUUAAUUCGAAUGAGUGUGAUUUUGUUGAAUUGAAUGUGAGUUUCAAAUAGGAGUCUUCUGCAGGAUUUUUUUUUUUUUGUACUUUUUAGAAGUGCAAACAAUAAGUGAAUAAGAGCCUUUGGUAAUAAUCAGGAGAAUAUAAGAGGUUUAGCUAGAUUACAGAAAACGAUUGUGUUGUAAAGUUGCAUUGCUAUUUUAUAUUAAAAUGUAAUAAUCAGCAUCAUGAACAAUGAGCUCUUAGUGUUUUAUUUAUCUGAUAAAAGUUAAAUGAAAGCAGUGUUAGUGAGAGGUGCAAAGAAUCAUUCUAACAUAGACACUUGAAAGCAUCUGUAAGCAAUAUUCAUAGGUAAGAUUUCACUGUGUGUACACAUACACAUUUGAGAUUGUAUGAGAACAGACAAUCCAUAAGAUAUGUUGUACAUUUAUGGAAAUGUAAAGGAAUCUCACAUAUUAUUUUAUAGAAAUAGAGUACUUCAGAAGCAUCACAAGUAUUAAGGCUGGUUUUAGUAAGGAUUAUGAUCAGUACAAUUAUUUUUACUAUGAUAAUUAUUUUUCUUCUCUGGAACUCAGAAUCCUGGCUACAUUUGAGGACAGGAAUAUGUUGAGCCUGAUUUUCCUAGUGUGUGUAAAAUAUUUCCUCAGAAUACAUUAGGCACUUUUUAGAAGCAAUGUUAAAUCAUUCAGGUUAAAUUUUCUGCCCUGCAGUAGAAACCUUGAAGAUGAUAUUGGGACCUGAAAGAUUUAAUGUGCUUAACAGUGCCUGAAUUACACAUACCCCGAGAACUAGCUUUGUAUUUCUUAUGACUUUGCAUAAGAACUAUUCAUAUUUGGAUCCUGAGCACCUUAUAGACAAAACUUUUUAUGGCAUUUCUUCUGUGAACAGUGGUUGAUCUUUUCACAAUGCAUGUAGACUCUAGAAUUUUGUACAUAUGUUUGCUCAUUUUUUGUAUGGACUAUUUAGUUGUUGAGAAAACAGGGGAAUUUCCUAAUUUGGUCUUUAUCCUUCCUUUAAACUAAGCUAAAACACUUUCAACAGAUUACCCUUUACAUCUCCCACAAAUCAUCAUUAUGCCUUGACAGUGCAAUUCUGUAAGACAGCACUUCUGCAAAAGUUUAUGAACAUAAAACAUCUUAGCAGCCAAACUGAAAUGUAUAUAACUACCGAUUAGAGAGGAAUUUCAUUAGAAAGAAGGUAAAGAAACAUCUUUGAGUAGCCUUGAUUACUACCUUGAUUACUGUCAAGUUCACAGCCAGCUUUAUAUUUUAAAGGCUUUGGGUUUGAAAUUAGGUCAACUGCAUGCAGCUUUGCUGAUAAAUGAAUAAUUACCUUUGAUGCCAUUUAUGAGAAAAAAUUCAAUAUCUGUUGCCUGUCAUAUUUAAGAAAAAUUAAUGUUUCUAUUCUCUGUAUCUGAUUUUAAAAGGAAAAAUAUUCAUACCUAGCUUUUAGGUAAUUGACUUUGAAUUCUUACAAGCAAAGGUCAUUGUGUUUUUCUUGAAUAGACAUCUAAUAAAUUUUGCUUGGAAGUAUA